GAAUGGCUAGCGUGGCAUCAUCGAUGAGUGAGAAGACUGUUGGUCCGAAAAAGAAAAGUGAAAAGAAAUUCGCUUCUAAAGAGGAAUACAGAUUGCUGUCUAACAUAAUGGGUGUCAUGAAUAACUUAAGGAAGCAGGGGUCUUUGUGCGACGUCAGCCUUGUGGUUCAAGGCAAACACAUACCUGCACACAGAGUGGUGCUGGCCGCUGCGAGUCAUUUCUUCAAUCUCAUGUUUACCACCAACAUGAUGGAGGCAUCAAAUCAAGAAGUGGAACUGAGGGAUGCAGAGUAUGAGAUUAUUGAGGUGCUUGUGGACUUUAUAUACACCGCACGAAUUUCUGUCAACAGCAACAAUGUUGAGUCUUUACUGAAUGCAGCUAAUCAAUAUCAGAUAGAACCAGUGAAGAAAAUGUGCGUGGAUUUUCUCAAGGAGCAAGUAGAUGCGACAAAUUGUCUCGGCAUCAGUGCUCUAGCUGAGUACCUAAACUGUCCUGAACUGAAGGUUGUGGCGGACGAUUUCAUUCACCAGCAUUUCACUGACGUGUAUAAAAUGGAUGAGUUCCUGCAGCUGGAUGUGAAACAGGUCACUCACCUGCUACAGCAGGACACACUGACCGUGCGAGCAGAGGACCAGAUUUACGACGCAGCCGUGCGGUGGCUCAAGUAUGACGUGCUGAAUCGUCAGCAGUACAUCGUCGACAUCCUCGGCAAAGUUCGGUUUCCUCUCGUCUCAAAGACUUUCCUCAGCAAAACCGUGCAGGCAGAGCCUCUCAUACAGGACAACUCAGAGUGCCUGAAAAUGGUCAUCUGUGGAAUGCGUUACCAUCUCUUGUCACCAGAGGACCGUGAGGAGUUAGGGGAGAGCAGUCGUCCACGGCGCAAAAAACCCGACUUCCGGAUUGCACUGUUUGGUGGGUCCCAGCCCCAGUCUUGCCGAUACUUUAACCCCAAGGAUUACAGUUGGACGGACAUCCGUUGUCCAUUUGAGAAGAGGCGCGAUGCUACUGCUGUGUUCUGGGACAAUGUAGUCUACAUACUGGGAGGGUCUCAACUCUUCCCCAUUAAAAGAAUGGACUGUUACAAUGUGGUAAAGGACAGCUGGUACUCCAAAUUAGGGCCACCUAAUCCACGAGACAGCUUGGCUGCAUGUGCCUCCAAAGGCAAGAUCUACACCUCAGGAGGAUCAGAAGUGGGCAGCUCUGCAUUAAACUUGUUUGAGUGUUAUGACACUCGUACAGAGACAUGGCAGAUCAAGCCCAGCAUGCUGAUGCCACGCUGCAGUCACGGCUCAGUGGAGGCCAACGGCCUGAUCUACGUGUGUGGAGGCAGCCUGGGUAACAAUGUGUCCGGCAGGGUGCUCAACAACUGUGAGGUUUAUGACCCCAGCACAGAGAAGUGGAGAGAGUUGUGCGGUAUGAGAGAAGCCAGGAAGAACCACGGCCUGGUGGUGGCCAAUUCAAGAAUAUAUGCAGUCGGCGGACAGAACGGCCUCGGCGGUCUGGACUCGGUGGAAUAUUAUGAAAUCGGCAGUGAUGAGUGGAGGGUGGCAUCGCCGAUGCCGUGGAGAGGAGUGACGGUGAAGUGUGCGGCCGUGGGGUCCGUGAUCUACGUGCUGGCUGGUUUCCAGGGCGUCGGCCGUCUGGGCCACAUCAUGGAGUACUACACGGAGACGGACAAGUGGGCGGUCUGUAACAAAGUGCGGGCUUUCCCCAUCACCAGCUGCCUCAUCUGUGUGGUGGACACAAGCGGAGCCAACGAGGAAGAGAUGAGCUCCUCCAACGUGCCUUCAACUUCGUCAUCAGCAUCUUAG